AUUCUCAAGUCGAUCCUAUAUAUAUAUCGUGUAAUCAGGAUGUUCUUUUAGAAGAUACUAAACAUGAUUUUGAUAAUUUUACUCAGUUGUAUCUUUGAUCACAUCGAAACGGCUACUUUAUCAAAUGCCUUUCCAAAAUGCUACCAAAAUGAUCCGAAAUUAAACGAAUGCUUCGUAAAGGCUGCGAAUAGCUUAAACGAUUUUGUGAAAAAUGGAGUACCGGAAAUUGGUAUGCGUACACUAAAUCCCUACGUAUCGUCGGGUUUUAAUAUAACCCUGGAAACCCCAAUUACCGAUUUUGCUGCGUACACAACUAACUUUACUCUCUUUAAAAUGUACGACUACCAAUUUGAGGAAGUAGACAUUCGUCCUAAAGAAGGUAAAAUUAGUGGCAAGGUCGUCUUACCCAAAUGGGGACUGUGGACAAAUUACGAAAUUUUGGGACAAAUGAUAAGUGUUGAGGUUAAAGGGAGUGGUACAGUAACAUGCGAAUGUGAUCGUACGGUUUGUGAGUUCUCCCUAAGCAACUGGUUUGAUACAAGUAAUUGUAAAGAUAUAAACGUUGAUAUAGUUUGCAAACUGGAUGACAUGAGUAUAAACUUUACGGGAAUGGCUAAUGAAGAGGUGGUAAACACUCUCCUGAACUUGAGCUCUAGAUUGUUUGCAUCGGAAGUUUCGCCUGCUUUUUCAAGCAUAUUUCAAGGAUUUAUGAAGCAGUUUACGACUCGCAUAUGCAGGAAAUUUAAGUUCAGUGAAUUAAUUCCUCCGUCGCCUUAACGGUUCGAAUAAGAUGCAAUGGGAGUGUCAUACGUUGUUUUGUUCUUUAGAAGAGAUGAUCUUGUAUAUUAUGCGUUCAUGAAUAAACCUUACAGUUGUUCAGUUA